GGGAUAAAAUAACGCUACUGUAAUCUUUAGUUCUUCAGCCUUUCGAACAAUAUUAAUAUCGGUGGUACAUGCAACUCGAAUCAUCCAAGACAAAAAUUGUGAAUUAUUUCGAUCCUCCAGGUUCAAACCCAUUUUCAACUGUACGGUCACAAAAAACACUCAGAAUAAACCAUUAUUGAAGUCUUCAUUCCUAUCCAGCUUGACGAUCUACGAAUUCACAAGAAAGUGACUCAUUUUCGGAUUCAUUGCGACAACCUUCAAACCCCCACCAUCUCAAACUACAAAACAUAGUCGCAACAGAUCAAAACGCAGAUAAAGUCAAGAAUAUACCAGCGGAGUUGUUUCGCGUUGGUCUUAGGCCUAGUCUUUGGUUCAUAAGCUCAAGUGCUCCUUUUUUUAUAUCAAGCACCGCAAUGUCUGCCGAAGACUCACCUGCGGCCACAGGCUCCGCAAGUGCUGUCAAACCGAAGGUAGGAGGUACUGAAUCUACACCUUCUUCAGCACAAGGAAAAUCCCCCAACACAAAAUCAGGGAAUGCAAAGGAAAAUGCCAAACCUACACCCGAUGCAGGAAAAUUAUCAGCUGCAGAACUGAAAAAGAAGGCAAAGGAAGAGAAGGCUGCACGCAGAGCUGCAGCAGUACAGAGCAAAGCAACGGCCGAGAAUCCGACUCCUGCCACUGUGGCACCAGGACAGAAAAGCGAGUCCGCGAAAGGAGGAAAAUCUCAGCCUAAAAAAGGCGCAGAAGUACGAAAUUUGCCAGUCAGAGGAGGGCCGACAAAAUCCGCCCCAGUUGUAGAAGUUCCAAAGGUCGAAGAUAAGACCGUUGAUCUUUUCAGACAUUUAUAUAAACCACGGACAACUACAAUUGCUGAGGCAAACAAAGAUGUCCAUCCCGCAGUGCUUGCUCUUGGGCUGCAAAUGAGCAAUUACACAAUAUGCGGCAGUUGCGCAAGACUUGUGGCAACACUGCAAGCAUUCAAGAGAGUUGUCGAAUCUUACAAAACCCCUGUAGGGGCAAGUCUCACGCGUCAUUUCAUACCACAUGUCCUCUCUCCUCAAAUUGAGUACUUAGCUUCUUGUCGACCUCUUUCAGUAUCUAUGGGUAACGCCAUUCGUCACCUUAAGCUGGAAAUAUCAAAAACCGACCCAGAUUUGUCGGAAGCCGAGGCGAAGGAGAGUGUUUGUGAUGCCAUUGACGUCUUUAUGCGCGAGAGAAUUACUUUCGCUGAUAAGGUUAUUGCCGAUACUACUGCUGAGAAGAUUAGAGACGGUGAUGUUAUAUUAACUUACGGCAAGAGUAGUCUGGUGCAAAAAGCGUUAGUGAGAGCCCACGAAAUGGGCAAGAAGUUCAGAGUCAUUGUGGUUGACUCGAGACCUCUACAUGAGGGAAAGCAUUUAGCAUCGGCACUUGUCAGUUUAGGUAUCGAAGUCAAGUACUGUUUGAUCCAUGGACUAAGUCAUAACAUCCAAGAUGUAACAAAGGUUCUAUUAGGUGCUCACGCAAUGAUGAAUAAUGGCCGAUUAUAUUCAAGGAUAGGAACAGCUUUGGUUGCCAUGGAAGCUUCAUCCGCUGACAAGCCAGUUAUCGUUCUUUGCGAGACCAUCAAAUUCACCGAUCGAGUAGCUUUGGACUCGAUUGUUCUUAAUGAGAUCGCACCAGCCAAUGAGCUCGUGAUUGCUGGAGGACCAUUAGAGAACUGGAUGGAUGUUAAGAAACUCCAACUUUGCAAUCCUAUGUAUGAUGUUACUCCGGCCGAGUAUAUUCAGAUGGUUGUUACGGAGUCAGGAAGUAUACCAACAACUUCUGUACCAGUUCUUCAUAGAUUAGUAAAUGAAGCUCAGUAGAGCGUUGCGAUAUCUAGAGAGCCCAAAGAGAGGCAUGAUCUCAUUGAGCAGGUGUUGGAUGGCGUUCAAAAAGAAUUUUGAUGAUAUCA